UCUCCAAGCUUGUUUAGUGGAUUUCAAAGAACGGAGAUAUUUUUGAGGAAAUUGGUCUAAAAUCUGGUUCCUUUUCCGUCGGAAAUUGUUUUAAUUUGUUCGUGAACGUUUAUGCUAGCUGAAGUGAUCGAGAAAAAACUAUUCUAGAACCAGUUGUUUAAAAGCUCUAGAGAAUAAUGGAUGAAGAACCGAUAAGUCCCAAGCUCGAACGAGAAAUCGAUGUAGUAGGGCCCUCAUUCGAAGAGGUCGUUGUAAAGCUCGAUCCUGACGAAUGUCCUUUGAUGUUAGAUGAAAACACUUCGCUGCGUUCAAUGCGUCGAAAAAGAAGAGACUCAUCCAGAGGGGAUUCUCCGAUCCAGCGAAAACAUCACCGACAUGAUGCCGUACCGGAACCUAAACAAAUUGUUCGUCAAACACAAACCCGCGGAGUGCAGGUGACGAAUGACGAACUCGAUGCAUUUUGGGAAAAAAUGAAGCUCAAAUCGACGAGGAUUACGGACUGUGGAACAAGCAUCCGUGAGCCAGAGGAAAAAAUUCCACCGCAAUGUCGAUUUUGUUUGCACCGGUUACCCCAGAGCUCGCUCAAACUGAUUGACACCAAGCUGAGGGUGAAGGUACGGAACGCUUUGCACAUUAAACGUUUCACUCAGGAUGCGUUCGCCUUUGUUUGUGAAAUUUGUUACAAUUUGGUGGAAUGUUUUUUGAAUUUUCGGGAAUCGAUCGCGAAAUCGGUUGUUUUGCUUGCCAAUACUAGGAUAACUUUUGAGGAGCAAAGUUGGUUAACACCUGAGCAUCAGUCUGCUAUUGGUCUCUGCAAAUCGCUGACGGAGCAGCACCGGAGAAAAAUCGAUGAUGAAUAUACUCGCUACACGAACUUGCAUCCUCCUUCACCGGAAGAGCUUCCGAUACCGAAAAGAGAAAUCGCUCCAUACGAAAGUGACCAUGAUUAUAACGAUACAGCAUCCGUGGAACGUGCAGAUUCUGCCAAUGACAAUGACAAUGAUAACGAGACAAAAGAUGAAGAAGAAGAUGAACCAGUUGCUGCAAAACAUAUGGAAGACUCGGAUUAUAUGGAUGCCUCGGAUCGACUUGAGAUAAAGACUUCGGCAUCGGACAAUCUCGAGGAAGCUGAUAAUUUUAGUGACCCGGACAAAUAUGACGAUACAGCAGGCAGAUUUGAUGAUUCGGAUAUCGACGACUCGGAUUAUGAAGAGCCUGAACCGCCGAAAAAGAAGAGGGGCAGGCCCCCCAAGAUAAAAUCGAACGAUUCAAACAUCAAGUCAUCAAGUAGGGAAAAAUGGUUAGAUGAUGAAGAUUCACCGCCAAAAAAGAAACGGGGUCGAAAACCAGGAUCUAAAAAUAAAGUUAAGGAUCCAUCGGAAGUUAAAAUCAAAACACCUAAAAUAAAGAAAGAGCCCAAGCCAAGAAGAAAACUGGAUCGGUUGGAAACACACACCCUAUGUGAUACCUGUGGCAAAACUAUUCAUAUUCAUUCUAAGGAACCGCAUAUGAACCAACACCUUGGUAUCAAGCCCUACUCCUGUCCGAUAGAAGGUUGUGAUCUGACAUUCUACGGGAAAUAUCUGCGUCAUCGACAUGUGAAACGGAUGCAUGGGGUUGAUGGAGGGGCCCUGAGCCACGAAUGUGAUAUCUGUGGCAAAAUAAUUCGCGGUCCAAAGAGUUUGCUAAAUCAACAUAAAAUACGGCACGCGCAAACGGAGAAAUCUCAUGUGUGUGAAAUUUGCGGCACCGGCUUCUGGAUGCCGAAGUAUCUCCGGCGGCACAUGAUUAUCCAUACGGAUCUGUUCCCGUACAGUUGUCAGUAUUGUGGAAAAAAAUUCAAACAUAAAGCAAGCAAGGAUACUCAUGAGAAAAAUGUGCACGAAAAGAAGAAUAAUUGUGCAAACUUUGUUGUUGAAGAACAGCUUUGGACCGGAGAGGGUGAUGCUCCCGUGGAAGAACAGAACACAAAAGUAUUUCCGACGGGAUUUAACUAAGCGACUAGAAAGUGGCAUUUCAUUGUAAUUGAUAAGGAUUAAAGUAUUUGAUGUCUACUCUUAAA